AUGUCAGUCCUCGACCCAGCAGACGAUGGCGCUGCUUCCUCCAGCCACAUGAUGAGAAUGACCAGGAAAGGCAGACCGUUUCUCAAGGACACGCACGACCUCUUUGCGACUUUGAUCAUCUCACUAGAACUCAAGACUCACAAGCAAUUUUUCCGAUUCUAUCACAACUCGUUUACAACCGACGAAUGUUGUGCCAACCUAUCACAGCUCAAAUUCUCUCAAUCCAACCGCGGACCAGAUCCAAAGAAUCCCAGUCGUGUCAUCACUACUACCACUACUACCACAUUCUCCAUGACGCGUGAUAUGGCAAAGAGCAUGGCUCAGAACUUCCUCGACUCAGGUCUCAUCGAAAAUGCUGCGGAUCGUCAGUCAAACACCUUUAAAGAUCGCGGUAUCUACGUUAUCACUCCAAAGGGUCUUCAUGUUCUCGAACGAUUCAUCAAUAAGAACGGCGUCUCGAGCGAGAACCUUCGGAACGUCUUUGUCACUCAGCAUGUUUGUAUGCGCUUACUCCAUCUCGAAAGGAAGGUGGAUGAUGAUAUCGUCAUGUCCAAUCAACUCCUCACCGCUGUCUUUCGACGUUUUGCCGGUCGUUUGCCGAAUUAUUUCCAUAAUACCACCGAUGAUCCCUUGGAUCCUGCUAAAGAGUACCAUUUACGCGCCGAUGGCAUACGAUUGAGCGAGUAUCAAGAACGACACUCACAGAUGAUCGGCAGAGGGCAAGUUCAGUUGCAUAAGCAUUGCUUUGGAGCGGUGGAGGCUUUGGAGUGGUUGAUCGAUUUUACGUGCAUUACUGGGAGGGAUGAAGCUGCCGAGUUGGCGGCUCAGUUUAUGAGAUAUCGGUGGAUUGACCUCGUCUCGGACAAGAGGAAGAAUAACGACCAGGCGAUCAUAUUCAGUGUUCGCGGGGAGUCCACGAACGGCGCGCUCGAGGAAGCAGACUACCGUUGUACACCAAAGGCCAUCUAUCAGAUUACCGAGGAAGGCGCUCGCAUCGCGCGUUGGAAGGAGAAUCAAGCCCUCGCCUUGCCCGAUGGAUCGGGAUCGUUGAACCGCCUGUCGUCUGGUUCGUCGGAAAACGUUCAUGAGACUCAGACGAACAAUGAUCGUGCUAUUCACCGACGGAUAUCGAUUGCUGAGAGACUUCGUGGCGAGUAUCUCACUAAUGAGAACCAGCAGAGUAGCGGUGCUGCCACUGGUGCUGCUGGUGGUAAUAAUGGCAAUGGCGCGCCACGUCAUUCGAACGCGGAUAGGCUGCGACAUAUCCUUGCCGAGCCUGCUUUGAGAAAUCUGUUUAGGGAUUUCUUGAAGCAGAAUUUUUCCGAGGAGAAUCUUUCGUUUUAUUUGGAUGUGCAGGACUUCAAGAGACGGUUUCAGACGACGAGCAGUGCUAAUGCUGUGAAUUCUCACACCUCGAGGCCAAGUAGUGCUAACGCUGCAGGAUCGGGUACCGGUGCUAAUGGGAACGGGAAUGGGGCGUCUAAUGGGUCGUCUGGUGGUCAGCAAAACCGUCCGGGUCAGGCUGCGAUGCAGAAACAUCAUCGUGAUCUGAUCAGUAUGACGUUUGUGAUCUACAAUACGUACCUCGCUCCAGGCUCCCCAUGCGAAUUGAACAUCGAUCACACCUUGCGGAACGAACUUCUUCAUUACUUGACGGAUGUGUUGAAGAAUACGACGGGGAAGCAGUUGAGUGGCAAGGUGGAUCCUGAAGAUGCCGAGACGUUGAAUGCGACGCAGUUGUCGGCGAUGAUCAAGCUUUAUGAGCGUAUACAGACGAACGUUUUCAGGUUGAUGGCUAUGGAUUCGGUGCCCAAGUUCGUAAAGACGCCAAGGUUUUUGGCCUUGAGGACUUGGGUGGAGGAGUAUGAUGCGUUGGAACAGCAAGAAUUCUCUGUGUCUGGGCCUGGGGGUGCGAGCUUUGAUGGUGCGGGAGCGGGCGAUGCUGGUGGAGGCAAGUUUAGGGGACCUCCGCCUGGUCUUUCGCCACUUGAUAUGGCGAAGGCUUCUGCUUAUAUGACGACUUCCUCUGUGUCUGUUGGUCCUGUGGCCACUGCUCCGACUGGAUCAACAACAACAACAACUUCAACGUCGGGAUCUGAACCCAAGCCAAAGGUAUCAUCCGCUUUCCCCUUCACCGAUCAGUCACAGCCAGUCUCGGCUACGUACGUGACGACGAGUCCGAAAGCGAACGAAAAGUUUAGGGAGAUGGUUCAGAAUCAACAUAUCGCUUCUCAGAUGAAAGAGAAGAAUCUUUCGGAACCCAACUUGAGCGGUGCUGGGGCCGGGACUGGGGCUGGAGCUGGAGGCGGGACGGGUGAGAAUGCUGGGAAUAUGUUUAUGGUGCUUAAGGUUGGAGGGGAUCAAUCCGCGUCGAAAGUUGGAGUUGGGGAAGGGGUAAAGAAGUGA